AUGGCGAGUCUCGCAGUACACUCGAAGAAGCACAAGGUGUGCGUGGUGGGAUCAGGCAACUGGGGCACCACAAUCGCCAAGGUGAUUGCAGAGAAUGUGAAGGAGAACAAGGACAUCUUCGACGCAGAGGUGCAGAUGUGGGUAUUCGAGGAGGAAGUGCAGAUUCCCAAGGACAGCAAACACUUCGACCCAGGCUCGGAGCUAUGCAAGAAGCCACAGAAGUUGACACAGCUCGUCAAUGGCCUACACGAGAACGUCAAGUAUCUGCCCGGAAUACAGCUCCCGGAGAACAUCAUCGCCAACCCAGACGUCGUAGACGCAGUCAAGCAUGCCACGAUCCUCAUCUUCAACCUUCCCCACCAGUUCAUCGGCCGCAUCUGCGACAAUAUCAAGGGCAAGCACCUCCCCUACGCCCGCGGAAUCAGCUGCAUCAAAGGCGUCGAAGUCUCAGACCAAGGCUGCGAUCUCUUCUCCGACAGCAUCGGCCAAAAACUCGGCAUCUACGUCGGCGCCCUCAGCGGCGCCAACAUCGCAUCCGAAAUCGCCCUCGAAAAAUGGUGCGAAACAACAGUCGCCUACGACCCUCCACACAUGGACUCCAGACAACCCACACCCGAGGGAACACCCGCUGGCUCACCCCACGGCUCAUCCGCAACCCUCCAAGACCUCAACAGCGUGGCCACCACACCCAAGGGCAAGAAGCAGAACCUCAUGGCCCUACCAGCAGAGUACCCACCCCUAAACCACGCAAACAUCAAGAAACUCUUCCAUCGCCCCUACUUCCACGUCCGCAUGGUUGACGACGUCGCUGGUGUUUCCCUCGGCGGCGCACUCAAGAACGUGGUCGCCCUCGCAGCCGGCUGGGUCGACGGUCUAGGCUGGGGCGACAAUGCAAAGGCCGCGAUCAUGCGUGUUGGAAUCCUCGAGACAAUUCAAUUCGGCGAAGCGUUCUACUCCAAGACGUUUAAGCGCGAGACGAUUACCGAAGAGUCGUGUGGUGUCGCUGACAUGAUCACAUCCUGUUCCGGCGGCAGGAACUUCCGAUGCGCGAAGAUGUCCAUCAAAGAGGGCAAAUCGAUCAACGAGAUCGAGGAGCGGGAGCUGAACGGGCAGAAAUUACAGGGAACAAGCACGGCGUACGAGGUACACAGCUUUUUGAAGGCGCAGGGCAUGGAGAAGAAGUUCCCAUUGUUCACGGCUGUGUUCGAUGUGCUGGAGGGCAACAAGAAGCCGGAGGAUAUUCCGGAGCUGAUUGAGCCGCAUAAUGAGUAA